AUGAACGACACCGACCAACGACAUCGCGUCGUCGUCCUCGGAGCGGGAGGCGUGGGAAAAAGCAGCGUUAUAAAGCGCUUUCUCUUUGGAGCAUUCACGCCAGAGUACCACGAAACCGUUGAAGACCUCUUCUGUCGUCAGUAUGACAUCAGCGGUAGCCUUAUCAAAGUGGACAUUCUGGACACUGCAGGAAACAUACCAUUCCCAGCCAUGAGACGGCUGUCCAUCUCGACUGCCCAUGCGUUUACACUAGUAUAUUCAAUCACGAACGUGGAUUCGUACAAAGAGGUAAAAGAAUUAUGGAUACAAAUCAAGGAGGAGAGGCGGGAUUACGAAAAGAUCCCCGUGGUGAUCGUGGGUAACAAGGUAGAUUUGGAGAAUGACCGUAUUAUUGAGAAGUUUGAUGCUCUCGACUGGGUUAACAAUGAUGGUCUCAAGGGUCGCUUCGUAGAGGUCUCAGCCAAAACUGGCGAGUGUAUUAACGACAUAUUUCGAAUAUUGCUAAUUCAGGCAAAUAUUCCUACUGUCAGGCAAUUGGAGCCGUUCCUCAAACGUCGACUGUCGCUGGACCACACAGCCGAAGAUGAAGCUUCCGACAACACGGUUGACGAAGAGAAAAAGAAAUUCCUUCGGAGUCGCUCACUAAUACGGCGAGGGAGUAAACCUAAGAUUAAACGAUCGGGACACCCGGGUAAAAAUGACUGCGGUAUUUCCUGA